AUGUUAUAUUUGUACCUGGGUGUAAGUGACAAAGCGGUGAGUGCAGUGUUGAUUAAGAAGGAAGGACCGGUGGACCGGCCGAUGUACUAUGUCAGUAAGGUUCUACAAGGCCCAGAAACACGUUAUCCCUUCACUGAAAAGGUGGCGCUGGCCUUGCUAAAUGCCUCCAGAAAAUUGAGGCCGUACUUCCAAGCCCAUUCCAUCAACGUACUGACGAACCAACCACUGCGGAGCAUCUUACAAAAACCUGAAUGUUCUGGUCGUCUCACCAAAUGGUCCAUUGAGUUGAGCGAGUAUGACAUACACUUCCAGCCUAGACAAGCCAUAAAAGGGCAAGCGUUGGCAGAUUUUAUUGUUGAAUGUACUCCCUCUAAAGAACCCAAAGAAGAGAACAGAAUAGAAUGGCUAUUGUUCGUAGAUGGGGCCGCCAGUUCACAAGGGAGUAGAGCUGGAGUAGUGCUUAUCCCACCAGAAGGAGAAUCCCUUGAAUACUCUUUGAGAUUUGCUUUUCCAAGCUCGAACAAUGUGGCCGAGUAUGAGGCACUAAUUACCGGUCUAAAGUUAGCCCGAAAGCUUGAAGUAGCGCAAUUGGUAGCGCAUAGUGAUUCUCAGUUGAUUGUUCAACAAUACUACGGGGAGUACGAGACUAGAGAGCCGGUCAUGGGACAAUACCUGCAAAAAGUUAGGACACUUGUGCAAUUGUUCGAAAGUUUCCAGUUAAUGCAGAUCAACAGAUCCCUCAAUGGUCAUGCGGAUGCCUUAUCCAAAUUGGCAUCCACCAAAGAAACCACUGGGAGAACAGUAUAUGUAGAAGUCCUUCAGCGACCUAGUAUAGACGAGCCUGAGGUAGCAUGCAUUGAGAAUGAUAACGACUGGAGAACCCCUUUUUACAAAUAUUUAACCAUGGGAGAAUUGCCAGCAGACCCGAAGGAGGCCCGAAAAGUUAAAAUUAGAGGGGCUCAUUUCACAGUGAUUGAUGGAACUCUUUACAAACGAGCUUACACUAUGCCGCUCCUCAAAUGCUUAGGUCCCCAGGAAACUGAUUACACCUUGGCUGAAGUUCAUAGCGGAGUAUGCGGUGAGCAUCUCGAAGGAAGGGCCCUAGCAGCCAAAAUCCUAAGGGCAGAUUUCUUUUGGCCCACGUUACAACAGGAUGCCCAAACGAAGGUCAGGGAGUGUGAUAAAUGUCAAAGGCACGCUCCGAUUCAUUCCGCUCCAAUAUCGCAAUUACAGCCCACAUUACAGCCUAUCCCCUUCGCUCAAUGGGGCCUGGAUAUUCUCGGCCCAUUCCCACGAGCUACGGGGCAAAGGAAAUUUCUUCUGGUAGCAACAGAUUAUUUCACCAAGUGGAUUGAAGCAGAAGCCCUAGCCACUAUCAGCGCUAGGAAAGUAGAAGCUAUGGUGUGGAAAGACAUUAUAUGCCGGUUUGGUGUCCCACGAAUCAUCAACACUGAUCAUGGAAAGCAAUUUGACUGUGAUUCUUUUCGAAUUUUCUGCAAAGGCCUAGAUAUUCAGCUAAGGAUUUCUUCAGUGGCAUAUCCCCAGGCAAAUAGACAAGCCGAAAUUAGCAACAGAACAAUUUUACAUGGUUUGAAAACUCGGCUGGAAGGCUCAAAGGGAGCAUGGGUUAAUGAAUUGCCUACCGUCCUAUGGGCCUACCGAACAACCAGCCGAGUCUCAACGGGCGAAACGCCCUUUAACUUGGUGUAUGGGACAGAAGCUUUGAUUCCAGUAGAAAUCUCGUGCAAGUCACCCCGAUUGGACGCUUAUGAUAAAAGUGGCAACUCAAAUAACUCUGAUGCACUGAAAGAAAAUCUUGAUCUCAUCGAGGAACAGAGAGACAGGGCAGCUGUACGAAUUGCUGUUUAUCAUAAAAGGGUGGCCCAUUAUUACAACUCUCGAGUAAAGAGCCGGCCUCUCAAGGAAGGAGAUUUGAUCCUCAGAAAGUCGAUCAUCACCAAUGCACUAAGAGAGGAUGGAAAAUUUCGGGCAAACUGGGAAAGGCCGUAUCGCAUUCAAGAAAUGAUAGGCCCUAGUACAUGUAUUCUCCAAACACUCCAAGGUGAAACCAUGAGCAAAACAUGGAGUACAAAUCACCUGAAAUUGUACUCUCCUCCUGACAUGUAA